AUGCCUCAUUCAUCCCCUUACUUCCCUCAUCCUUCCCCUGCGCCUCAUCCUUCCCUUCCCCCACGGUCUCUCCCACUCCUUCAUUCAACCGCCUACCCCACCGUCCCCCAUACCAACGCCACUCCCCAUCCCGCGCCCUCCACCCCAACCUCCCCCCUGCCACCUCCCUCUCACUCCGUUCCCGCAUCUUCCCUCUCCGCCCUACCUGUCCCGCACCCCCUGCCCCCGUCCCUACACCCUCCCCCCAUCUCCGCUCCCCCCCUCUCCCUUUCCCCCAUAUCCCUUCUCCCCCCACCCUUUCCGCCUCCGCCCCCAGGUCCCGCAGGAGCCGCGCUACAGCCGCCUGCACAGCCAGCACCCCCUCAGGGUUGUAGCGCGAGUCGAGAGUGA